CAUGACUUUCAGUUCAACGUGAUACGUCUACCGGUUAAUAACCAACCAAUAUCGUGUCCGGAAUAUAACGGUUGUUCUCUCUAUCUGCUCCAAAAAAAAAUUAAACCAUAUUGUGUACGAAAAUAAGAAAAAAAAAAAAAUUAUAAAGUCUUGGAAAAAAUUUCCUAAAAUUCCCCAAAAAUUAGAUUGAAAAGUCCUUAAAAAUGGGCUGAUAGAAAAUAUAGGUAUUUUUGAUCCUUUUUUUCUCAACUGCCCCUUUCGAGUGCAAUGCCCUUAAAGUUUCCAUAUUCCCUGUGAAUUCUUAGUGGUGUGUUUUUUUUUUUAUUUUAACUAUUUUUAAAUAACCACUCCUUGGAUUACCAUAAAAAAAGUUGUUAAAGGAAUUAAAGGAUAACAACUCUCACCUAAAAAUAGGCAAUAAGGAUACGAUUAACACAACUCUGCACAUCGAAAAAGGAUUUUACCUGUCUCGUUGUCACCGCUGCCAAGAUACAAGAUACUCCUCCAUGCCAACAAAAGCGGCCGGAAGUUUCGGCAGCACAUUGCCAGCCAUCAGCAAUGGCAACAAUGACAUGGAUCUUGCAGAUCAAUAUUUCAUUAUAAUGGCCAGACUGGUAGCUGGACAGAUAAAUGACACAGUUGCCUUUGAGAAGUACAAUAGGCCAUUAAUGAAGUCCAGCAUCAAAUCGAUAUAUUGGAUAUUUUUGCUGCAAUAUGCGAUUUUAGCGAUUUUGGGUGUCGUAAUGAAUGUGUCGAUUAUUGUUUAUGUCAUGUAUCAUAAACUUUACAAAGAUGUGACGCAUGCAUUUAUUACAAAUUUGGCACUGUGUCAUUUUGUGCAGUGUGCAGUGGUGUUGCCGAUAACCCUGACUGUGAUGAUGAUCCAGAAUUGGGUGUUUGGACAGUUUUUGUGUUUUUUUCUACCAAUGUUGCAGGAUAUACCAUUGCAUGUGGCCAUGAUAUCACAUAUACUCAUUGCUUGGGACCGUAUGAGAUGGCUGAGUGAUCCAAUGAGAGGGCGGUUGCCAGCUUUCGUUUGUUGUUGUGCAACUUGGCUCACGGGAAUGGUUAUAGCUCUGCCAUAUCCGAUUUAUACAAUGUAUGUGGAGCUUGGGGACUAUUCAAUCCACUUGAGGGGCAGUGGACUUUGCGUGAUUAAUUUAAUGGAUGACAUGCAUGAGUACAUGCGAGGACUUUUUGUGCUAAUGUAUUGUGGACCAACAAUUCUUUUGGCAUAUUUGUAUAUAAGAACUUCGCAGGAAUUAAGGCCUCCAGAUGGACCAUUUGCUAUAAUGAUGUUUGAACAUCGAGCAGAUUUACGUUAUCGCCAGAGAAACUCAUCAACGUCAUCAGUGGAACGUACUCCUGGUCGAACUAAUACAACUGCACCAAGACCAUUGGAUAUUAAAAGUUCAGCAGCAACGAGGCAAUAUGACUUGUAUAAUGCUGAAAUGGAUAUUUGUCGGGAGAAGAGAAAACAAAGGAAUCUCGGUUCGAUGGCAGCAACACAAGUUGUUUGCUUGUGCCCACUUAUGAUCCUUCGGCUAGCACGAAUGGUGAUGGUUGAAACGUAUGAGAAUGCUAAGCAUUUCGAUAUCACCUUUUUGAUGUUUGUGUGGAUUGCGUUUUUGCCAACGGUAAUAUUUCCAGGAAUCUAUGCAUCACAGAUUCUACCGAGAAACGAACGAAAACGUCUUCGUGGCUAUCUUCGUCUAUCUGCCAGACAUUUUAGAAAAUCACGCCAAGACAGUCAAGAGGAAUCGAUUGAAAAGGACGACAACACAACAACCACCCAAACAACAACAAUUAUCCAAAAUGGCAGUUGCAUUGACAACAAUGAUGGUGACACCAUCAUCAAACAAAAACAUCAUUACAAUCGCAGUGACUCGUCAAUGAUUGAAUCCAAGGAUACAACGAUUGCCAGCAGUGCCGAGGCUAUUAAAAUAAAUGUCAUCGGUGGUGGUGGUGGUGGCGCUGGCGAUGGUAUGAAGAAAACAAACUCCCGCAAUAAUGGCUUUGCCGGAGGCACCACUGGAAUCCAUUCGAAGAUGGCCAAGUCGGCUAGCAGUCGUAAGGUAAGCAAUGGCCUUCGUUUGGCAUCAUCAUCAGCUGCAGGCAGUCGCAAGGGAAAAAAUUCAAUGGACUCUAUUGAUAAUUCAUGUUCCAACAUAACGGCAAGCACGUUCUGCAAUAACAGCAGCGUGCUCAACGACACCGGAAGUGGCUAUGAUGGUGAGACUUCAUCGAUUGUCAGUGGCACGAUUGGCACCAUCGACAAGGAUAUUUAUUUCCAAAAGAAAUGGGAGAGUGUAAAUGGGGUAUUGCGACGACACAAGGACGCUUCUUUCUCAGAUUGUGGCUCGUUCUCACGAAUGGAUUCGUCAAGUACACUGAACAGGGAUUUGGAAAUAAUCGAUUUGUUGGAGCGUGAGCGGAGUAUGGACAUUCAAGACAUGAUUGAGAGGGAGAAACGGGACGAGACUAUGCGACUGAUUAGCGGAAGUGUGAGUGGGGGAAGUGAAAGACGUCGUUUGCCUGAUUUGGAAAAGAUAUGCAAGUCACCAAAGCUUAAAUUGGAUGCGUAUUCCUAUGAGAAAGUCACUUCGUCAAGUGCAACGACACCCAAAGAUGGUCCCAAUGAUGUUGGCAAGAUUGCCAAUGAAGCUUGUGAUGAAUUUGAUUUGGUGAAACCGAGCGAUUUCUUUAACGAAGAAUACCAACCACCGAUUUCUGCACCGAUUUCACACUAUCACCACACAAGGCGAACCAGUCGAAGGAGUAACCUUUCAAAUCGGUCGAAGAGGGACAGUUUCAAUUCGCUGAAUAAUGACCUGAUGGCAGGAACUUUUGCUGAAUUGGAUCCAACUCAACCAUUGAAUAAAAUGUCUGUGAUAGAGAGUCGAAUGCGUCGGAGUAGUGGCCGGACAUCGAGUAUUUCGUCGUCGGGACGGAGUUCCCUCAAAUCGAGAGACCAUCAGCCCCAACAUUCGCAUCCGGAUCUCGAUUUCCGAGAGAAUAUAUUUGCGGAACUGUAAGAGGAGUGGUGGUUUUAGUUUUUGAACGAAUUUAUUUUUAAUUUGCGGCUUAAGUUUCACAAAAAAAAAAACAAUGGGAAAAAGUCAGGACCAGAAUUUUGUAUUAUUUUAUAUUUGAAUAUGAACUUUUCUAUAAAAAAAAUUCAUGGAUUUUUUCAUCAACGCUUAAGCUUAGUAAAUAUACAUAACGAAAAGAAGUUUUAAGACCUGACGAAUAUUUUUA